GGUCCCAUAUUCUCCAUUGGAAAAAGGCAAAUUAGCCUGUCCUUUAGACGAAGAUGCUCUCCGUUUGACAGUUGACUACAGUAAACCUUGGUCUAGGUCAUUGAGCGAUGCUGACAAGGAAAUUACUCAAAGAGCUCAAAAGAUUGUUGAACAGCAAGAUGCACCCAAGGCUCAGAUAACUUAAACCAUAUUAUAAACUAUAUCACUCAUCUUUCUUUUCCUUUUAAGAUGAGCACUGCCUGCUUACUUAGCAAACCUACUGUAAUAUCUCCUAUCGCUGAUAUUGGUAAGAAAUCGCAUUUGAAGGAUGCUGUCGUUGCUGUUUCGCUCAAAUUAUCUGAAGAAGAGAUUAGACACUUGAAGGAGCCUUAUGUUCUUAACCUACGAUUUGCAAGUAACUUAAGGGCUCACUCUAGGAAAUGAACAGCAACG